CCGUUUCGACGGAGCUCGCAGACGAAACUUGUCGGUUUUGCCGGAAGUCGACAAAACGUUGUGUGGAGCCGCACGUCCGACCGACUCCGACAAGAUGGAUGGGCUUCAGGAAUCAGACCUGGCUCUAGCCGGAGAAGAUGAACAGAAGAAGUUUGAGCAGAACGAUCUUGAAGUGCUGGUAACUACCAGGAUUUCUCUGGAUCCUUCCACCAGGAAUCUUAAUGAGAUGCAGCUACAGGCGCUGCGUGACCGUCUCGAAAUGGAAACAAAGAGUUUUUUGAAUCAAGUGUCCACAUAUGAUGGAGUAUCGAGAGAUGCAUGUGAUGGUGGAGCAAGCAGAAAGGACUUUACAAGUCAGCUCUUAACUGACGGUAUGGACAAACAGGAAGUGGCUUUAAAACCUGAUACUGUAUCUUCUGAAGAAGAAACACAGGCUUCUCAAGUCUACGUGCGUCAAGAGCAAGAGAUGGAGCUAGGACAGGAAGAUGAUAGGCAACAGAUGGUGAUCAGCAUGUGUGAGAGCACCACAUCUUUUAGUGGUGAUGAGCAGGAGAGUCAAUGUGUGUGUUCAGAGGAGGAAAAUGAGCACUUUGUGUCAGUACUGCGUAGGCGGGAAGAGUUGCUGCGUCUGAAGCGGGCUGCAAUUAAGUCCCUUCCUCCAGCUCUUUGGAAAUCUCCAAGUUGUCAGGGUAGUCGGCUAUCUGACAUGAAGCCACAAGGACCUGAUGCAGAAAGGAAGGAAUUAGGACAAGUUAUUACAGAAGGACAGACACAAACGCCAUAUUCUACAAGCGCAGCUGAUGUGAUUGUUGAAAGUCUAAGGCAGGUUGCUUUGUUAAAACCUGAACUAGAAGAUAUUGAUCGGUUGUCUCUUGGCAUGAAAGCCAGUGCCUCCAGAAUACUUGCUGAGUUUUCUGUUCCUCUUCCACUGAAUGAGACUUCAGUGAUGAAGAAAGAAAGAAGGAUUGUAUCCAGAAAAGGGAAGUCACCUGUGCCGUCUACUCAGCCGUUUCAGCCUUGUUCUCCUCCGCCGUAUACAUUGUCCACCAUGAAACAGAACUCUCCAACGUACUUAUCCUCCUAUGCUUCCUUCUACUCACCAAAUUCUGUUCAGUAUUUUCCUUUUCGUGUUCCCGUCCGUCUUCCCAUGGUGUCUCAGUAUUGCCGUCCAUCUGAGUUGAUGAUGGUUCAAGGAGGCAUCUCCAUGAACUACCCGCCUCCCUUGGUUAUGUCAUCCCUUCAGAGCCAACAACCUAUUUCCAGUGUAGCCGUUUCUAAUCUAGGUAAUGGAACGAGCCCAGCAUGCAGCUCCAAUUCUACCAGUAGUUUGAUGUCGUCACACUCAGGGUCUCAAUUGGUCUCAACUCCAGAGCACUACUUCAACCAGAUUGCAGCCACUGUCCCUCCCAUUGGGUCCAAGACUCCAGCCACCUAUAACUAUGACUCUUCUCAAUUCAUUAGACAGUCAUUUUCUGAAAGUCAGGAGAAAGAUCAACUAGAGAUGGAAACUGAAAUGGAGAAACGGCAGAAAGAACAGUUGCGUCUUCUAAUUCAAGAAAGCCAAGAAAACAACGAAUUUUCAACACAAUCAAGCAACUCACCCGGUGACAACGUUCCAGUGACCUCUUCAGUUACUAGUGCUGGUAAGGCAAUCACAGAAUGUAAUUCUGUCGACGUUCAAAGUUUGAUGACAACAUCAGAGCAGCACAGCAUCAAUAUACGCUGCUUCAUGUCUCGUUUGCCUGCCGAAUAUCGCCGCAAACCCGAACGGGUCAACGAUGCUACCGACAACACAAAAUGCGACAUCUGUGGCAAGGUGAUGGCUCGAAAGGGCCUUUUAGUUCACCGCCGUAUCCAUUUCGGAGACAAGCGAUUCAAGUGCGACAUCUGUGGCAGGUCAUUCACGCAGGCGUGUAACAUGCGCACUCAUCUCAAAGUCCACUUCAAGGUGAAAGAACAUAAGUGCUCUGAUUGUGGAAAGGUCUUCUCCCGAGCUCAGCACCUUUACGAGCACAAGAGAAUUCACACUGGCGAGCGUCCCUACGUCUGCCGCUUCUGUGGCUGCUCGUUCAAAGCAUACUCCACGUUGUACUCUCAUAUCGGCACGCACACUGGACACAAGCACGAAUGUCAAGUCUGUCGCAGAACAUUUGCGAAGGCUUGCAACUUGGAGACACACAUCAGGUCUAAACACGCGAACGAGUCUCAGACAUUGACUGUGGUAGCCGUGCCCCGCGGAGGAAGCGAAAGCUCGAGCAGAGGUUCUUUGAGCCCUAAUUAAGUAAGAAUCACUAGAAGAUAUAUAUAUAUAUAUAUAUAUAUAUAUAUAUAUAUAUAUAUAUAUAUAUAUUCAUCCUAACAGACAUAUAGUUUAGACGUAUGGUAGUAGAAUAAACCUUAUCUUUAGAUUGCUUUCUAUAGAGAAGAAACUGCAGUUUGUAGCAAAAAGUUGGUCAAUACAUACAGGAGUUGAAAAUA